AGCGACUAGCCAGUUGUAAACACCCCACUGCGUUCACCCCCAACCUCAUUUCUUGCCAACCCUCCCUCCUUUUCAACAAGUCAGUAUUUUACGUGUUUCUCCCUUGGCUUGGGUGGACACCCCGCUCCUAGCCUGGCUGAUUCUUCACACUGCAGGCUUCAAUCACUCCUAGAAGACGUCCUCCACUCCCAAAAUGAGGCUUCUCUGAAACGGCAAGGACCACCAACCAAAGGGGACAAACCUGACGCCUCACCGAGCGCCUCCCACCGCGGCUUGGCGGCCGACUGCCGGGGGAGGAGGGGGCGUGGCCCGAGAGCGGAAGUGCCCGGAACCCGGAAGUGCGAGCUCGCGCGCCGCUGCCGUCUGGGAGUUCUCGGAGUGAGAAUGGCCUUGGAAGGGAUGAACAAACGGAAGAGAAAGAGAAGUGUCGAGGAGGGAGAGAACCCUGACGACGGCGUUCGCGGGAGUCCGCCGGGAGACUACAGGGUUGGACAGGUCGCCAGUAGCUUAUGCCGCGGCGAGCACCAUUCCAGAGGUGGCACCAGUCGGCUGGCGGCCCUCUUCAGUUCUCUGGAGCCCCAGAUUCAACCCGUGUACGUGCCUGUGCCUAAAGAAACCAUCAAAAAAAGGAAACGGAAUGAGGAGGAAGAAAGUACAUCCCAGAUUGAAAGACCACUUUUGCAAGAACCUGCAAAAAAAGUGAAAGCGAAGAAGAAACACACUAACGCAGAGAAAAAGUUGGCAAACAGUUCUCCUUUCAGAUUGAUGCUCAGACCUUGCUUAUCCAUAUCCAGCAAUACUUUAUAUUGUAUUUACCAUUUCACAAUUUACUUUUGGGAAAGUGCUCUAGCGAGUGCUGAUUUAGAAGAAGAAAUUCACCAGAAACAAGGGCAGAAAAGGAAAAAUUCUCAACCUGGUGUUAAAGUAGCAGAUAGAAAAAUACUUGAUGAUGUAGAUGACACAGUUGUCUGUCAAAGAAAGAAAAUUCAAAUCAACGAAGAAGAAGAGAGAUUAAAGAACGAGAGAACUGUAUUUGUUGGGAAUUUGCCUGUUACGUGUAAUAAGAAGAAGCUGAAAUCGUUUUUUAAAGAGUAUGGACAAAUAGAAUCUGUACGAUUUCGUUCUCUGAUUCCAGCAGAGGGAACUCUAUCCAAAAAGCUGGCAGCAAUAAAACGUAAAAUUCAUCCUGAUCAGAAAAAUAUUAAUGCCUAUGUUGUGUUUAAGGAAGAGAGUGCUGCCACACAGGCGUUGAAAAGAAAUGGGGCCCAAAUUGCAGAUGGAUUUCGUAUUAGAGUUGAUCUCGCAUCUGAGACCUCAUCUAGAGACAAGAGAUCGGUUUUUGUGGGGAAUCUCCCUUAUAAAGUUGCAGAAUCUGCCGUUGAGAAGCACUUUCUGGACUGUGGAAGUGUCGUGGCCGUGAGGAUUGUGAGAGACCAAGUGACAGGCAUCGGCAAAGGGUUUGGCUAUGUCCUCUUUGAGGUAUGGGAGACUAAUGCAUUGUCACUGUCCUUCGAAGUGCCCUGGGAGGCAUUGAUACUACUACGUGUCAUCAUUGAGAGAUAACUUUCACUUCCAUUCUCAAAUUCCAUCUUAAGAAAACUGGGCUGGGUGCAGUGACUCACGCCUGUAAUCCCAGCACUUUGGGAGGCCGAGAUGGGUGAAUCUCUUGAGCUCAGGAGUUCGAGACCAGCCUGGCCCACAUGAUAAAACCUUGUUUGUACUAAAAGUACAAAAAUUAUCCAGGUGUGGUGGCGGGCGCCUAUAAUCCCAGCUACUCAGGAGGCUGAGGCAGGAGACUCACUUGAACCCGGGAGGUGGAGGUUGCAGUGAGCCGAGAAUGUUCCAUUUUUCUCCAGCCUGGGCCACAGAGCAAGACUCCAUCUCAAGGGGGAAAAAAAUUACAAAAAAUUAAAAAAUUAGCCAGAUGUGGUGGCUCAUAUCUGUAAUCCCAGCUACUUGGGAGGCCAAGGCAGAAAAAUCACUUAAACCUGGGAGGCAGAGGUUUCAGUGAGCCAAGAUCACACCACUGCACUCCAGCCUGGGCGACAGAGCAAGACUCCAUUUCAAAAAAAAAAAAACCCGGCAAUGCGCGGAGGGUUGUGCCUGUAAUCCCAGCACUUUGGGAGGCCAAGGCGGGUGGAUCACCUGAGGUUGGAAAUUCGAGACCAGCCUGACCAACGUGAAUAAACCCCAUCUCUACUAAAAAUACAAAAUUAGCUGGGCGUGGUGGCACAUUCCUAUAAUCCCAGCUACUUGGGAGGCUGAGGCAGGAGAAUCGCUUGAACCCGGGAGACAGAGGUUCUUGUGUGCUGAGAUCGCUCCAUUGCACUCCAGCCUGGGCAACACGAGUAAAUCUCCGUCUCAAAAAAAAAAAAGAAAACAAGAAAACUGAAUUUAUAACCUGCCAUAAUAUAUUGCUACAACUGCACCUAUCCAAAAUAUGUUCCAGUUCUUUCUUCAUACUAAUUAAAUGUUU